AUGGCACCACACGGUCGUUGUGCUUCAGGCCCCUGCCGCCAUGUCGGCACUCUCAAGUUCCGCUGCAACAAUUGCAAGUCGACUUACUACUGCAGCAAGGCUUGUGCAGACAAGCAUGUGGACGGCAGACACAAGCUCACCUGUGGCGGAUCUGACGCUUUCGUGCCUUUGAGACCGGGUGUCUUCAACUUCAUGGGACUGCCUCGCGAAGUGCGCGACAAGCAGGCCGAAUAUGACAGAGUUGCCGCCACUAUCUCCAAUGGUCAACCUGAUCUCGCCAACAGAUGUAGAGACUACCUGGACGUCUUCGAUCGCCGUUGCAUGGCCUCUCCUGAAUACACACUCUCCAUGGUUCAGAACGUUCCCAUCUAUGGUUUCAAACCUUUCACCGAUGCUCGUGGACUCUUGUUCGCAAACAAGCAAAUCUCUCAGGAGCUCAAGGAGGCUAACUACGCAAAGAACACCUUCCUCUUUACUGUUCGAGACGAUCAUGUUUGCGACACGUCUGCUCAAGAGUUCCGCGACUAUGUCGCCCACUUCCUCAAGGCUAAGAAGCUAUACAUUGACAUUGCCACUCCCAAGGAUCACCCUGGCGAGAGCGGCUUCCAGGCAAGCGUCAACACCAUCAAGCGCCAGCUUCUCGUCCUCUUCGUUUCUCUUGAACGAUCUGGUGCCAGUCUCGACUCGUUGACUGUCCGUUACACCUCCUGCUUUCCCAACGAGAUCGAGGACCUUCGUGUCGAUGCCGACGGCCUCGCUACUCACAAGCAGGCCCGUGUCAUUUGGGUCAUGGAUCCCCGUACCGACAAGAUGCGUUCCCUCAACCACACCGAGAUGAAACAGCUCUACCUCCACAGUACCACCAUCGCCGACGUCCUCUGCGCUUCCAAGAUUCCCGUGUCCAGCUUCCGCGUCUUUGGCGACUUCUCUGGCCCUGAUAUCUCCCGUAUAUCCCGCAAGUUCAACAUCCCCGUCAUUCCGGUUGAUGCCAAGCUCGACAAGUAUGGCCAGCGCGUCCACAAGGAUGGAGAGAUGUGCAGAAACAUGGCCAGAGACCAUCCCGACAGGGCCGACAUUUGGCUGAAGCAGACAAAAUCCAUGGAACAGAUAUUCAGUACUAGAGCUGGAGCCAUUCGCAAAGUUGCCAUGCUAGGUCCGCCUGAUGGUCCCGAAUAUGAUCGUCUGAUGGCUCAAGCUCGUGCCAUCUAA